AUGGGGAUAAGAAUCAAUCUCAAAUUAUUGUUUGAUAAAAAUAAAAACUAGAGUUAAUUGAAAUUACUAAGUAAUUCAGGCUAUGGUAAGGUUUAAUAUGAAAAGAGAGAUUAAGCUAAUGAGUUGUUGACAGAAAGUUAAGAAAAUGAAGGAAAAGUGCAAUAAAAUUAAAAGUCAUAAAUAAUUGUGAAGAGAUUUAUAAAGAAAGAUACAAAUGAAACAAAAGAGAUGUAAUUUAUGCAUCAAGAAUUUUUGGAUUUCAUUAAAUACUAAUUGAUUUAGAGAAUAAUUGUAAUGUAUAAGUUAAUUAUAAAUAAAUAAAGGAAACUGAAAUAUGUACUAAUUUGA